AUGAGUCUUUUUAUUUAUGUCCUACUUUUGUCCAUUUGGACAAAUAAUUGUUUAAAUACAAGCCAAAGUAAUGGAUCUUCUACUACAGGUAUGUCUAAGUUCCUUGAAUCAAUAGAGACAAAAAUAGAAAAUUUCAGGGGACGUCUACUUGCCAUCCUAAUUGGUGUUAUGAUGAUGAGCUUUGUCUUGAUCUGUUUUUGUUUUCUCCAUUAUAAUUGUACGCACGAUGAUGCCCUCAAAUCAAGAAUGUUCAAGAAAGAAGGUACAACAACACAGUCAUUAUUUGGUAAACCCAAUACAGCCAGUCCAUGCUGUCCAGAAAAUCAACAUUUGCUACCCAAUAUAGACAAAUUAUCUAGGCCCUUGAAUUCAGAAAAGUCAUCCAUAUCAUUCAGUGCAGAAAAGUUAACCAAGUCCUCAAGUCCAGAAAGAUUAUCCAAACAAAACAAUGAAGAAAAGUUAAUCAAGUCAUUGAAUACAAAAAAGUUAUCCAGGCCACCAUGCUCAAAAAAAUUAUUCAGGUCAUCUCACUUGGAAAAGUCACAUAGGACAUGCAAUCUAGAAAAAUCAUGUAAGCCAGCCUAUGCCCAGAAGCCAGUCCGUCAAGUCAAUUCAUCCUAUCCAGAUAAGAUAGUCAGACCAACUUGUUCACUUCAUCCACGAAAUAAAGUCAUGCCACCCAAGCCUCUCAGCCACCAGAAAUUGGCUAAGCCACCCAGAUAUUCCAAUGUAAAAAGGUCAGUGAUGCUUGGCAGGGCAGUCUUGCUAUCCAGGCCUCAAUUAGCUGAAACCUGUCAAUGCUACAAAGAAAAAUGCCUUGUUUGCAAGACUUCUUCUGAGCAUUUAAUCAUUGAUAUUUCUAAGGCAAAGAAGAAAAACGCAAGAAACCUACCUGUUUCAAAAAAAGAAAAGUAUUUUUCCAGGUCUUUGUAUAAGGUAGAUACCAGGAACAAUGGAUACUAUGAUAACGUGAGUGACAGUGAUAUGAUGACUAAUGACAGUGACAAGGAGAUAACCAUUAUUUGUAACAUAAGGUAUAACGAAGUCCUCUCCAAAGGGAUUCCAAACAAUUAA